UAGGGGAUCCUAUACGCCGUUUCAUUUUUACGCGGGAGGUCAAAGGUUAUUAACAAAAUGGCUGAAUACAGAGGAAUCCUAGUUAUACGAGAAUGCGAACAUAGAUCUGUAAUUAUACGGUGAUGUGUUGUCUUGGAUUGACAUUGAUUGCCGAGUCAAAUUCGUGGACACGUCCUUUUUGGUUGCGAUAAACGACUGUAAGCCGUCCUAAGCGAGACAAGCUCAAGAUAAAGAAUCAUUGCUAAUGCCGGACCAGUAUCGACUGUAGCAAAUGUCUUCUAAGCUCGUGGUCUGUUAACGUUACAAAGAAGAAGAUUGUUCUUUAUCUUAGUUUGCCAGACGUUUGGAGUUGCUGCAUGUGAUGUUUGCGACGGAACCCAACACUGCUAAGAAGGAAACAUCACGGAACGAUAGGGCGCGUGGACACGAAAGCUAACGAAGAUGAACAGAAAGAAAGAUAAAGGGUUUGAGAGCCCACGGCCAUUUAAAUUGACCCAGCAGGUGGUGUGCAUCAACAACAUCAACUUUCAAAGGAAGUCCGUCAUUGGCUAUGUUGAGCUGACUAUUUUCCCCACAGUAGCCAACUUGAAUAGAAUCAAGCUUAACAGCAAACAGUGCCGCAUCUACAGGGUCCGGGUCAAUGAACUUGAAGCCCCAUUCAUUUACAAUGACCCUACCUUGGAAGUCUGUCACCAAGAGUCUAAACAGAGGAAUCUCAACUAUUUCUCUAGUGCCUAUACAGCAGCAGUGAGUGCUGUGGAUCCAGAUGCAGGACAUGGGGAACUGGUCAUCAAAGUUCCCUCUGAGCUCUGGAAACAAGGAGAUGUAGAUUUGAAGGUUUUAAAGGUCUACAUUGAAUUUUCCUUGGAUCAGCCAAAAGGAGGUCUCCACUUUGUUGUUCCUGAUGUGGAGGGCAGUAUGGCAGAGAGAGGAGCCCACAUGUUUUCCUUUGGUUACCAGAACUCCAGAUUUUGGUUCCCCUGUGUGGACUCGUACUCAGAACUAUGUACAUGGAAGCUAGAGUUUACUGUGGAUGCUUCUAUGGUGGCAGUAUCCUGUGGCGAUCUGGUGGAGACUAUCUACACCCAUGACAUGAGGAAAAAGACUUUCCACUACAUGCUUCCCAUCCCUACAGCAGCACCUAACAUUUCUCUUGCUGUUGGGCCCUUUGAAAUUCUUGUGGAUCCCUACAUGCAUGAGGUGACCCAUUUCUGUCUGCCACAGCUGCUGCCCCUGCUCAAACACUCCAUGUCUUACCUGCAUGAAAUUUUUGAGUUUUAUGAGGAGAUCCUGACUUGCCGCUACCCUUAUGCCUGCUUUAAGACCGUUUUUGUGGAUGAGGCAUAUGUACAAGUGUCGUCCUAUGCAUCAAUGAGCAUCUUCAGUACCAACCUGCUCCACAGUGCUACAGUCAUUGACCAGACCCCACAAACUCGCCAAUGUUUGGCCCAGGCGUUGGCUCACCAGUUCUUUGGCUGUUUCAUCUCUAGGAUGUCAUGGGCUGAUGAGUGGGUGUUAAAGGGAAUCUCGGGUUACAUCUAUGGCCUUUACCUCAAGAAAACCUUUGGCGUUAAUGAGUAUCGGCACUGGAUCAAAGGGGAGCUGGAUAAGAUUGUUGACUAUGAACUUAAGAUUGGAGGGGUUUUGCUUCACCCAACCUUCAGUGGUGGCAAAGAGAAGGACAACCCUACUCCCCACCUUCACUUUUCUAUUAAGCAUCCCCAUACAUUGUCUUGGGAGUACUACAAGAUGUUUCAGUGUAAGGCCCACCUGGUGAUGAGGUUGAUAGAAAACAGGAUCAGCAUGGAGUUCAUGUUGCAGGUUUUCAACAAGCUCCUGAGUCUGGCAAGUACAGCCUCAUCUCAGAAGUACCAGAGUCACAUGUGGAGCCAGAUGCUUUUGUCUACUCAUGCUUUCCUCAAAUCUAUCUCCAAUGUGUCUGGCAAAGACAUUGGCCCACUCAUUAAGCAAUGGGUAGACCAAAGUGGUGUAGUAAAAUUCUUUGGCAGUUUUGCCUUCAACAGGAAGAGGAAUGUACUGGAGUUGGAGAUCCGUCAGGACUACACAUCAUCUGGAACUCAGAAAUAUGUGGGUCCAAUCAAGGUCACGGUGCAGGAACUGGAUGGAUCCUUUAACCACAUGCUGCAAAUAGAGGAGAACAGCCUGAAACAUGACAUUCCCUGCCACUCUAAAAGCAGGCGAAACAAGAAAAAGAAAAUCCCUUUGAUGAAUGGAGAAGAGGUUGACAUGGAUUUGUCAGCCAUGGAUGCUGACUCACCCCUCCUCUGGAUCCGGAUUGACCCAGACAUGUCCAUUCUUAGGAAGGUGGAAUUUGAGCAGGCUGACUUCAUGUGGCAGUAUCAGCUUCGUUAUGAGAGGGAUGUAGUCGCACAGGAAGAGGCUAUUUCAGCACUGGAAAAGUUCCCAACUCCUGCAUCCAGACUUGCUCUAACUGACAUCCUGGAGCAAGAACAAUGUUUCUACAAAGUCCGCAUGCAGGCCUGCUUCUGCUUAGCGCGGAUAGCCAAUGCCAUGGUGAGCACAUGGCAGGGACCACCCGCCAUGAAAUCACUGUUCACCAGAAUGUUCUGCUGUAAGAGCUGUCCCAACAUUGUCAAGACCAACAACUUUAUGAACUUCCAGAGCUACUUCCUGCAAAAGACGAUGCCAGUUGCCAUGGCAUUACUCAGAGAUGUUCAGAACCUCUGUCCAAAAGAUGUCCUGAAUUUUAUACUUGACCUUAUGAAGUAUAACGACAACAGAAAAAACAAAUUCUCAGAUAACUACUACCGUGCAGAUUUGAUUGAAGCACUGACCAACUCACUGACACCGGCCAUCAGCAUCAACAAUGAAGUACGCACAGUGGACAAUCUGAACGCUGAUGUUCGACUCAUAUUAGAGGAAAUUACCAGAUUCCUCAACAUGGAGAAACUGCUGCCCAGCUUCAGAAACACCAUCACUGUCAGUUGUCUUAAGGCAAUCCGUCAGCUCCAGAAGAACGGUCAUAUCCCCAGUGACCCAUCCCUGUUCAAGUCCUAUGCUGAGUAUGGUCACUUUGUAGAUGUUCGCAUUGCUGCACUGGAGGCUGUCAUUGACUAUACAAGAGUUGAAAGAGAUGCAACAGAACUUCAGUGGCUUCUCAUCCUGGUUCAGACUGACCCAAUUCAUUAUGUCAGACAUCAGAUCCUGAGCAUGCUGUGUAAGAAUCCACCAUUCACCAAGACAUCUGAGUCUCCUCUGUGUAAUGAGGGUUUGGUCGACCAGCUCUGGAAGCUUAUGAAUUCAGGUACCUCCCAUGACUGGCGGCUACGCUGUGAUGUCAUGAAUCUGUACUACACAUUGUUUGGCUUGACUCGGCCCUCCUGCCUCCCGCUACCAGAACUUGGCCUUGUGUUAAACCUAAAGGAAAAGAAAGCCGUGCUCAACCCAACCAUCAAGCCUGAGAUAGGUGUAGCCGCUAUGAUAGACACGCCCGCCAGUAUCGGCAUCCAUGGUGUUGGCAUGAGCUACUCAGCUGUGGAAGAAGAGCCGGAUCCAAUUUCUUUGGGCGUGUGUGGGGUGGGUCAGCCCCCUCAGGGCCUAAAGAGGAAGCCUGAGACCCUGCUGGGCUCCCCUCCAGAGCCAGGGCAAGUACUGCAUCCGAAGGAGGACGAUGGAAGAGGAGGGCGCUACAAGAUCAGAUUCAACACAAAUGAAGAUGAAGAUAUUGAUAUGGAGACUGUUCAUGACAGUCAGGCCUUUAUUCAUCAUCACCUCAAUCUGUUAGAGAGACCCUCUACACCAGGUAAAGAGCCUCCCGCUAUUGAACAAUCCAUGCUUUCUCUGCCUGCCACACCAGUGCCCCCUGUCCCGAAAGAGAUGACAUCGUUAUCAUCCAAGCAUGGCAGCGAGCACAGCCACCAUCAUCAUCACCACCAUCAUGAGCACAAGAAGAAGAAGAAAAAGCACAAGCACAAACACAAACACAAACACAAGCAUGAAAGUAGAGACAAGGAGAAAGAGAGAGACUUGCAUGUCCACAGUAACAGUCCAGCCAGUGGCCGGUCCCUUCAUUCACCAUCUCUCUCAGACUAAAGGUCUACCUGCAGAUCAGGGUCAUUAGAUUCAUUCAUUCAUAGGAUUAGGGACAGAAUGUGAAUUGUUGUGGAAAUAUUGUAAGCCCAGAGGUAUUUUCAUGUCUUCACACAGGACUGCUUGAGACACACAGAUACUUCAUACCACUCGUUAGAAGUCAGUCUCAGACAACCUUAUACAUUUUUUUUCGAUUGUGUCUUACCCCAACAGCUUAAUGGCAACAUUGAGAAAGGGGCAUUAUAUAAUUCUGCGUAGAACAGAUGGAAAUGUGCUAGACAAUUGAAAGUAGUAAUAGUGUGUUUUAAAAAAAACUUUUUGUGGUUGUCAUAACUGAAGAUGUUUUGUUGUUGUCUGUUUUAAACAAUUAAAACUUGUAGAAUUC